GUGUUUCGGCUCUUUUAGUUGAGUAAAGCAGCGGGAUCCGGAUCUCUAAGAGGAACCGAAAUUCCCAUCAGUCCAGGCUAGCUGUGUGGAGAUAGCGCGCUAUCAAACCCAGCAGUUUGUUUUCAGGACAGCACAAUGACGAACAUUGUGAAGUCUGGCCGCUUUCUGUCGCUACAACAUGUUGUUAACAUCACCGGGAGCUAGGACCGGGGUUUCUCCUUCACAGCUACCGUUUACAUGGACCGAGGAUAAACGUUAACGCCGCAGAGCGAGACUUCCCGAGUGGCCACGGAUGGGAUUAAGUGGGCUAGCCGCAGCUAAUGACGGACGGCGCUGGCUCACUAGCUUGGCGGCUAACCGGUUUGCGUUUGCAAUCUAACUCAGUCAGCUGAUAUCGCUCAUCUGCAAAUCACCAGGCAAGAUUAGCUGGGACAGCCAUGCCUCCCAGGCCGUCUUCAGGAGAACUAUGGGGCAUGCACUUGAUGCCCCCCAGCAUCUUGGUGGACUGCCUGCUGCCAAACGGCAUGAUUCUCACAUUGGAGUGCCUCCGGGAGGCCACGCUCAUCACGGUCAAGCAUGAGCUUUUCAAGGAGGCCAGGAAGUACCCGCUCUCCCAUCUGCUGCAGGAGGAGAGCUCGUACAUCUUCGUCAGCGUCACGCAGGAGGCCGAGCGGGAGGAGUUUUACGAUGAGACCAGGAGGCUGUGCGAUCUCAGACUCUUUCAAGCUUUCCUCAAAGUCAUCGAGCCAGUGGGCAACAGAGAGGAGAAAAUCCUUAACCGAGAGAUAGGCUUUGCUAUUGGAAUGCCCAUAUGUGAGUUUGAUUUGGUGAAGGACUCGGAGGUACAGGACUUCAGAAGGAACAUUUUAAAUGUUUGCAAAGAAGCUGUGGACCUGAGAGACAGCAACGGAUCCCACAGCAGAGCUUUGUACGUCUACCCUCCUAAUGUAGAAUCCUCCCCAGAACUUCCCAGGCACAUCUAUAAUAAACUAGAUAAAGGGCAGAUCAUUGUGGUCAUUUGGGUCAUCGUUUCACCCAGCAACGAUAAGCAGAAGUACACCCUGAAGAUCAACCACGACUUUGUGCCGGAGCAGGUGAUCGCUGAAGCCAUCCGUAAGAAGACGCGGAGCAUGCUGCUCACCCAGGAGCAGUUAAAGAUGUGCGUCCAGGAGUAUCAGGGAAAGUACAUCCUCAAAGUCUGUGGCUGCGACGAGUACUUACUGGAGAAAUACCCCCUGAGUCAGUACAAGUACAUCCGGAGCUGCAUCAUGCUGGGAAGGAUGCCCAACUUAAUGUUGAUGUCCAAAGACAGCCUGUAUUCCCAGCUGCCCACGGACAACUUCACCAUGCCGUCGUACGCGAGGCGGAUUUCCACAGCAACCCCCUACAUGAACGGGGAAACGGCCACCAAGUGCCUUUGGACAAUCAGCGGGACGCUGAGGAUCAGGAUCCUCUGCGCCACUUAUGUCAAUGUGAACAUCAGAGACAUAGACAAGAUCUACGUCAGGACCGGGAUAUACCAUGGUGGGGAGCAGCUAUGUGACAAUGUCAACACUCAGCGUGUGCCCUGCUCAAAUCCCAGGUGGAACGAGUGGCUGACAUACGACAUGUUCGUUAUAGAAAUUCCCAGAGCGGCCCGACUCUGCCUCUCCAUCUGCUCCGUGAAAGGAAGGAAGGGAGCUAAAGAGGAGCAUUGUCCCCUGGCCUGGGGCAACAUCAACCUUUUUGACUACACCCACACGCUAGUAGCAGGAAAGAUGGCGCUCAACCUGUGGCCGGUCCCACAUGGCCUGGAGGACCUGCUCAAUCCUAUUGGUGUCACGGGCUCCAACCCCAACAAGGAAACUCCAUGCUUGGAGCUGGAGUUCGACCAUUUCAGCUGCCCUGUCAAGUUCCCUGAUAUGAGCAAGAUUGAGGAUCACGCCAAUUGGAUUAUAUCCAGGGAGCUUGGCUUGAAUUACUGUCACAGCGGCUUGGGCAACAGACUGGCACGGGACAACCCCCUGACUGAGAGCGAUAAUGAGCAGCUGCGUCAGGUGUGUAACCGAGACCCCCUGUCUGAGAUCACUGAGCAGGAGAAGGACUUCCUGUGGAGGCACAGACAUUACUGCAUCAACAUGCCGGAUAUCCUUCCCAAGAUCCUCCUGGCUGUGAAGUGGAACUCCAGAGAUGAGGUCGCACAAAUGUAUUGCCUUCUGAAAGACUGGCCAGCGAUUAAGCCAGAACAAGCCAUGGAGUUGCUGGAUUGCAACUUCCCCGACCCCAUGAUCAGAGAGUUCGCUGUGAAGUGCCUUGAGAAAUACCUGACCGACGACAAGCUCUCCCAGUACCUCAUCCAGCUGGUGCAGGUUCUGAAGUACGAGCAGUAUCUGGAUAACCCGCUCGGACGCUUCCUGCUGAAAAAGGCUUUGACCAAUCAGAGGAUAGGACACUUCUUCUUCUGGCAUUUAAAAUCAGAGAUGCACAACAAGACAGUGAGCCAGCGGUUCGGCCUCCUGCUGGAGUCGUACUGCCGGGCGUGCGGCGUGUAUCUGAAGCACCUGAGCAGGCAGGUGGAAGCCAUGGAGAAGCUCAUCAAUCUCACCGACCUCCUCAAACAGGAGAAAAAAGACGAGGCGCAGAAGGUCCAAAUGAAGUUUCUGGUCGAGCAGAUGAAGAGGCCUGACUACAUGGAUGCACUACAAAGCUUUACCUCGCCGCUGAAUCCAGCACAUCAGCUGGGAAACCUCCGCCUGGAGGAAUGCAGGAUGAUGUCAUCCGCGAAACGACCUCUCUGGCUAAACUGGGAGAACCCAGAUAUGAUGUCGGAAAUGCUCUUUCAGAACAAUGAAAUCAUCUUCAAGAACGGAGACGAUCUGAGGCAGGACAUGCUGACGCUGCAGAUCAUUAGGAUAAUGGAGAACAUCUGGCAGAACCAGGGCCUUGAUCUCAGGAUGCUACCGUAUGGCUGCCUGUCUAUCGGCGACUGCGUGGGUUUAAUUGAAGUGGUGAGGAACUCUCACACCAUCAUGCAGAUCCAGUGCAAAGGAGGCCUAAAGGGGGCGCUGCAGUUCAAUAGCCACGCUCUGCAUCAGUGGCUCAAAGAUAAGAACAAGGGAGAAAUGUACGACCAGGCCAUAGAUCUGUUCACUCGCUCGUGUGCAGGCUACUGUGUGGCCACCUUCAUCCUCGGCAUCGGCGACCGACACAACAGCAACAUUAUGGUGAAAGACGACGGACAGCUGUUCCACAUAGAUUUCGGCCAUUUUCUUGACCACAAGAAAAAGAAGUUUGGGUACAAGAGAGAGCGGGUCCCAUUUGUGCUCACGCAGGAUUUUCUGAUCGUCAUCAGCAAAGGAACACAGGAGUGUACGAAAACGAGAGAGUUUGAAAGGUUCCAGGAGAUGUGUUACAAGGCGUACCUGGCAAUCCGGCAGCACGCCAACCUCUUCAUCAACCUCUUCUCCAUGAUGCUGGGCUCGGGCAUGCCUGAGCUGCAGUCCUUCGACGACAUCGCGUACAUCAGAAAGACCCUGGCCCUGGACAAGUCCGAGCAGGAGGCCCUGGACUAUUUCAUGAAGCAGAUGAACGACGCCCAUCAUGGCGGCUGGACCACCAAGAUGGACUGGAUCUUCCACACAAUCCGCCAGCACGCCAUGAACUGAGGGACAGGAGGAGAGGAGAGCCGAGCCAUUUCAACAGCGGCCCUGCCGAGGUUGAUGUGUUUCUUCCUAAACACUUGAAGGCAUGGUUGUUGCUGCCAGCUUGUGUCGUGGAGACAUCUUCUCGCCCACAACAAUGCAAGGAUGCUGAGAAAGCCCAUGUUGCAGACAUAAUGCCUGAAACCUUCGAUUAAUACCAGUCUAUACAUUUCUUUCCCAUUAAUAAUGACUUUGAGAAGUGAUGAUGAAGUUUUAUUUCACCUGUUUGGUUUUCAUACGGACCCGAUGAGCGCAGAGGACCUCAACAACGCUGAUCUUUAUGUAAACUACAGAAAAAAAAAGAAGAAGUUAUUUUCUUACUUUUUAUUCCUUUCCGUACAUCUCCAGCCAUCAGCACUAGGAGCAAAACACUAAGAAGCGACGCAGCACAAGACAGCCGGAGCGUUUCCUGAAGAAUACCUGACUGAACCUUUUUUUUUUUUUUUUUUUUUCUCCCCACUACCUGUUUAGAAGAUGAAGAUGUUGUGGGGUGGGGCUGUAACGGGCUACAUGCACCCAGCCCAACAUAAACACACAAAGGCCUCAGUUUACAACGUGGAGAAACGGGCAUCAGCACUCUCUGAGUACUCGACUGACAAGAGCGGAUCUGCGGCGUAACGACUAACAUUCGGCAUCUUCUGCAACGGCGAACCUGUAACUUCUCAGCGACGUGUUCAGCAGUCCUGUCACAACACAGAAAUUACUUUCAUACAGCAGUUUAUCUAUUUGCUUAUAUGCAUUUGGUGCACAUAUUUCUUUAACCGAAUUUUCUACUGAGCCAAAGUACCAUAUAUGUGUGUGUGUGUGUGAUUGUGUGUGUGUGUUUAAAACUCUACUACAUAGCAGCCUUUUUUUGUUUUAAACAAAGCCUAAAAAAAAAAAAAAAAAAAAAAAGUCCCUACCACUUCAAGUCUUUUGAGUUGGCACUGCACUGAUCUCUGCAGUAUUUGUUUUGUCUGUCAGUAUUACUGUCGUAGUUAAAGAUACAAGCUUCCAUCAUCCACCCAACAGAGCUGGAGGCAACCUCCCAGAUGACCAUAUGUUGUUUUUUUUUUUUUUGUUUUUUUUUGUCCAGCAUUCAAAUACAAGGAAAAAAAAAUGUGUAUAAUGUUCCAUUAGCAUUACGUUUUUGUUAUACUAUGCAAGUUGUGACUCUAACAUGUACUGUAUGCUAGAAAAAGAAUGAACCCUCCCUACGGACACGCAGAAUUGUGUCGGUGCAGGACAGACGGUUGCCUUGGGAAAAGUAGAGGAAGCAAAACUGCUUCCAUGGAACAGGAAGGUCUACUUCCUCCUAGCAAAAUGAACUUUGUGUGGUUAGUGGGGGGGCGGGGGUACGACGCUUAGCAUCCUGCCCUUUUUGUCCUCCUCGCUACUCCGGAGCGACGGCCCGAGCCAUGUGCAUUAUUCCUCAUCCUGUUCCUUCAUCUUCCGACUCACACCAUUGACAUUUGGGCAAAGAAACGUGACAUUUUCUGGAUCUUCCAUGUAGACGUGGGUCUGUUUCCUGGUAUCAAGCCAUAACCCGCUCUUUAAAAAGCUAGUUUCAAAACCUCAGAAAGAUUUCUGCCAUGCCGUUUUGACCAUUCAAAGUCCUUUUAAUGAGAUGCAGGGGAAACAGAGUAACGCACACACAGAUAUUCAUAGUGGUGGAAAAACAGGCGCUGUCGUUCUGUGGGAAGUAGACGGCCAGACAGCUGACCAACUCUAAGCAGCGUUUCUGUAAAGCGGCAGACUGCAGGCUAGCUGGCAGAGCAGAUUAUAAUGACCAGCGAACAUUAGCUCCACGGUCCUGCUGUGACUUUCACACAACCAAGCAACAAAAAGGUGUCGUUUGGCCGGUAUUGUCCGUUUAGUUAAUGCAUCACAUCGAUAUCACCUGAUUGUUAUUCUAAUUGAUAUUACCUUAGCAGCAGUAGGACUGAAUGUUAUCUUUCUACUCUACCUAAAAGCAGUUAGAUCAGAUCACACCUCUUUGAAUUUUGUCUAGAAGACAUUGUAGCCAAGCUUCUCGUAGCGUCUGAAUCUCAAAGCGGCCCGUGUCUGUCUGCAGUGGGUUUUAUUGGCGUACUUCUUCUUGUCCACAAGCUCAUGGGAAAGCGGCGCGUUCUGUCCUCAAGCUUUAGGAAACCAAUGCAUUACUCAGACUUUUUCUCGGACAUGGGAGCCCCUCUAACAUAAAGUCCGCUUGAUGUUUUCUGCACAUGGUGAAAGACUUGGAGCUGCUGCUCAGGAAACCAAACCCACCAAGGUGAAGUUGGAUCCUGACUGAGAAAACUAAAACCCUUUUAUCUAAAUGACUAUUUGCUUUUGUACUUUUUUUUUUCUGUCAUGCACGAGGUCCUCAUAACCCCCCCCCCCUUCUUGUCUGAUGUUGUUUACUUGAAUUUCAUGUACAGAAAUGAUCUCGUUACUUGUUUGAGGUACAGUCCGAAUGAAGAUAACAGAUACUAUUACAUGUGCAAAUGCUUUCCUUGAAUAACUACAGAGGUAAUAUAUAUUUUUGUAUUUUUUAAAUGUAAAACUCAUGUAUGUAGCCACAUAAAAAAAAGAAAAAAGAAAAAGGAAGUGACUAUUUACCUGACCCAGUCUCAUACCGAGUCCAGCAGCCAUCCUCCAUUUGUUGAAAGGACGGGGUGAAUGAAGGACAAGUUCUCAACUACCAUCCUCUUAUCAAACUGAAGCCUCCGGCCCUGAAGUGGAACUCUAAAGCACAAAAUGUUUCCAGAACCAUACCUUGCAUGUUUUAAAGCAAACCAGUUUUGGCUUUCUUAUAUAGUCACUUGUCUAGAAACCAUAGAGCUUCUUCAGAUAACUUGUUUUUAUUCAUCCUCAUAAGGUCAUGCCUGUUAAGCAACUAUACAUUCAUUUAUUGUGCUGUUGAAUAAAAAAAAACAUGUUUCUCUAA